AUGACGGGGAAGCAGGGCUCCGUGCUGUCGGAAAGUUUAAACCUCUCGGAGAAAAGCUCCCUUCGGGCCGCGGGAGGCGGCAGCAGCAGCCUCCAUCAGCCGAAGAGCACCGCGACCCACCCGCCGCCCAGGUGCACCGGCUUCGGCAUCCAGGAGAUCCUGGGGCUCAACAAGGAGCCGUCCGCGGCCCCGAGGAGCGCGCUGGGCUCGCUGCCGGCCGGGGCGCACCUGAUCGCAGCCAGGUCCGUGCUGGGCCACGCCGGCAUGGGACUGGGUGUGGGUGUCGGGAUGGGAUUAAUCGGUCCUGGUGGGAUUCCGUCGUUUUACAGCCAACCCGCGUUUUUGGAGACGGUGCUGUCGGACGCACGGAAUGUUCACCUGCAGCCGCACAGCAGGUCCGCAGGCCCGCUGGACAUCAGCCAGUCCGCCAGCUCAGACUCUGAGGAUUUAUCUUCAAAUGAACGAAAACUCUCAAAGUCAUCUGUAAGUCAGAGCAAGAAACGCAAGAAAAGACGUCACCGGACCAUAUUCACCUCCUAUCAGCUGGAGGAGCUGGAGAAGGCCUUUAAUGAAGCUCACUACCCGGAUGUUUACGCCCGAGAGAUGCUGGCCAUGAAAACAGAGCUACCUGAAGACCGGAUACAGGUCUGGUUUCAGAACCGCAGAGCCAAGUGGAGGAAGAGGGAGAAGUGCUGGGGCCGCAGCACUGUCAUGGCGGAGUAUGGCUUGUACGGAGCCAUGGUGAGGCAUUCCAUCCCUUUGCCUGAGUCCAUCCUCAAGUCUGCCAAGGACGGCAUCAUGGAGUCCUGUGCUCCCUGGCUGCUCGGGAUGCACAAAAAGUCCAUGGAGACGGGCGGUCCCCCGCCAACAGGGAAGUGUGAUGAGACCCAGCAGCCCAGCUCUCAGAGGGCGGAGGAGGCUGAGGCGGAGGCGGAGGAAAAGAGGUCAGACGGCAAGCCCGCCAUUUCUAAAGAGGAACUGAGAGAGAACAGCAUUGCUGCACUCAGGGCCAAGGCACAGGAGCACAGUGCCAAAGUGCUGGGGACGGUUUCUCACGACAGACUGCAGGCGGGCAAACAGGAGAGACAGGCGGCCGAGGACAACGCCACUGAUCCCCUGAGUCCAGCAGAGGAGGAGAGAAGUCCAUAGAGACUGAGGACAGUUAUUCUCCCGAGUGGAUGCAGUGGCCCGGCUGCUCUCAGCAUGUGUACGGACAAACCCCAACAUAACACAGUGUCCCUGCAGAGUGUCAUCCUUCAUCGACUUCUCUGAAGUGGCCCGCAUCUGGACUUUCUGGAGGAGAAAAACUCAUCUGCCGCGAAUGCACUUUUAUCUGAUUUAUUCCCAAACUUGCUGUUUACUCACAGUCGUUAUUUCUGGUGCAUAGUAGAGAAGAUGGAACCAACUCAUAUUGGUGUAUAUACAGAGUUGAAUGAGUCAAAUUUU